CGACCUCAUCACUCAUUCCAUCAUCUGGUCACUGUACUGAGACCACGAACAGAUAGAAUCCGCAGAUAUGCCCACCAGUCAGCACGGUCUGACAAGAAAGCCUCAAAAAGACUCAACCGAUCGGACUCAAUUCGACUCGAGAGUGGACUAGCUACUCGAAGUCUAGGUGACCUCAGUCUAUCAGAAGACCAGCACCGCCAACGGGACAUGGCCAGCGGAGUCGAUAGCCCCGAGCACGCGAGCACUUUCCCGCUAGAUGGUGCUGGCGGCGAUCUUGGGACACCCAGGACGCCGUUUGAACCGUCCAUGGCUAGCCAGGACCCUAUCAAUGUUUCCACGCCGCGCGGGGCUGAUAGCGAGACUGUUGGCUCGCAAACGCGUCAGCGGAAGGGUGGGAUCUUGGGCAAGUUCAGACAUCGCGACGAUAACGAGGAGUGGGAUAAGAAGUCACAUUCGGAACCGAAAUUUACUUUUGCGUCGCAGCUAAGGGCCACUCUGCUGAACUCGUGGAUCAAUGUCCUUUUGAUCGCUGCGCCUGUUGGAAUUGCGCUGUGGGCCGCUAAGGUGAAUCCGAUUGUAGUGUUUGUGGUCAACUUCAUUGCUAUCAUUCCCCUCGCCGCUAUGCUCAGUUUCGCAACGGAAGAGAUUGCCCUUCGCACGGGUGAAACGAUCGGUGGUCUGCUGAAUGCUUCUUUUGGUAACGCCGUCGAGCUGAUCGUCGCAAUCAUCGCCCUGGUUCAACGCAAAACUCUCAUCGUGCAGACUUCGCUUAUCGGGAGUAUCUUAUCCAACCUGCUCCUGGUCCUAGGCAUGUGCUUCUUCUUGGGCGGUAUCGAUCGCGUGGAGCAGCACUUCAACGUAACCGUUGCCCAGACAGCUGCGAGUAUGCUGGCAUUGGCAGUCAGCAGUUUGAUCAUUCCUACUGCGUACCACCGGUGGUCUAAUCUUGAAAAGACAGAUGGAACCGCCGCUCUCUCUCGUGGCACCAGCGUCCUCCUCCUAAUCGUCUACGGCUGCUAUCUCUUCUUCCAGCUGAAGUCGCACGCCGACAUGUACAACCGACCCAGCCAGAAAGUCGAACGGCGCCGUGUAAAGGUUACCGAAGGCGACGCCAGCCGCGGCAUCGCACAGAUCGGUAAAAUGACCGCUACGCCGCUCGUCGGUUCAAAUCCAGAGCACAUGCAGAUGGAAGAUUCCGAGGAUGAGGGCGAGGAGCCGCAGUUGUCUGUCCCAACUGCUAUCCUUACGCUGAUCAUCUCGACCGCCUUUGUUGCUGCCUGCGCUGAGUUCAUGGUUGAAUCCAUCGAUGCUUUGACUGCUACCGGUAACAUUGGCGAGACGUUCGUCGGGUUGAUCCUGCUGCCGAUUGUUGGUAAUGCGGCCGAGCACGCUACCGCUGUGACGGUCGCUAUCAAGGAUAAGAUGGAUCUUUCGAUUGGUGUUGCUGUCGGAUCGAGUAUGCAGAUUGCGCUGCUUGUGCUGCCGUUGAUUAUUGUGCUUGGGUGGAUCAUUGGUGUUGAAGAUAUGACUCUCAACUUCGAUGGCUUCCAAGUGAUUGUUCUCUUCAUGUCUGUGCUUUUGGUGAACUAUCUCAUCGGUGAUGGCAAAUCUCACUGGCUCGAGGGAGUACUGUUGAUGAUGAUGUAUCUGAUUGUCGCCAUUGCGGCUUGGUACGUGGACACUACAGUUGAUUGA